AUGGACAAAAUUGAUCCAACCCUGAUGUCGUACCUCAAGGGACCCUAUGGAACCAGCGGCUUGCCGAGCAUCACUGAUGUUAGCCUCAUGCAAAAGGCUCUUCCCGGUUAUGGCGGUUCCGACAGCCUUGGCAACUACGGUGGCGGAAUCCCCACCUCUGAUGCAUCUGGAAUGGCUGCAAACUACUUCAAUUCCUUCCAACUCCAGCAAAACAAGCUCCCUGGAAUGGGCCUCUACGGAAUGCCUCCCUUCUACGGCGAGUUCUACGGACCUCCACGAAAACAACGACGAGAAAGGACCACUUUCACUCGAGCCCAGCUGGACAUUUUGGAAUCGCUCUUUGCCAAAACCAAAUAUCCCGACAUCUUCAUGAGAGAAGAAGUUGCCAUGAAAAUCGGACUCCCAGAAUCGCGCGUCCAGGUCUGGUUUAAAAAUCGUCGAGCAAAAUGUCGCCAGCAGCAGCAGCAAAAAUCUUCAGAUAGCCCUUCUUCCAGCUCAACUCCAAUCAAGAAAGAGGAAGAGGGUUCGCCCACCGCAAAGGUCACCGGCGUUAAUGGAACUUCUCCAAGUGAUAGUGGAAGAUCUAGCAUGAGCCCGGGCAGCGGCGGUGGAGUGGCCGAAGCCUCUACUUCAUCCGAUCCCAACACGUCCUCGAACUCGCUCUCCACGCCGAACCUCUCCUUGCCCUCGACGAAAGCCGAUCCGAUCCCGGAUCAGCUAGACACCGUCCCCAACUGGGCUACUCCCGAGACCAAAAUAGAAGCCAUCGACAACCAGACCAACCCGCUUAUGCCACCCGUUCCAUCUUCACUUUCUCUUGACCAGCCCGCUGGUUCUCAAUUCUUCGACAGCUACGGCUCCAUGGGCAACAUGCCUUCUGUCUCUGAGCCAACCUCUGUUGCGGCAAACUUCUACAAUCAGUACAACGCAAAUAUGGCCCAGUACCAAGCCCAGUCGAUGACCCAGCCCGGCCUUGCCCCCGGCGCGAGCGCUGGACAACCCGCGACUCAAGCCGCCGCCCAAGCUGCUGCUGCCGCACAAAACUCACAGCAGUGGAAGUUCCAAGUUCUAUAA